AAACGGUAUUUGAAUCAUGCAGAUGUCAAUUUACUGUAUCUUCUUUAUACUAUUAGUAAUUCAUUUAAGUUAUACUGAGGCGGCUCAGUAUCGUAUUGUUAAUGGGAAAAAUGCCAAUAUAGAGGAUUUUCCAUUUCAACUUUCAUUACGACGCCAGACUAUUCACAUAUGUGGAGCCGCCAUACUUAAUGGAAAUUGGGCAAUAACAGCGGCUCAUUGUGUUCAUGGCAUUGAGCAUAUACCCAGCUAUAUAACAUUGCGCAUGGGCAGUCGGUGGCGUUCCCGAGAGGGUGUAAUUUUAAGCGUCAAACAAAUACAUUCCCAUCCCAGUUACAAUCCAGACAAUAUGAAUUUCGAUGUGUCUUUGUUGAGGGUGCGAGAGAAUGCAUUUGAACGAUAUGAUUUACCAGUGAGAUCGAUUAAACUAACACAGUUGUCGACAAGAAUUGAAGAUAAUGCAGUAGCGACUGUCUCUGGUUGGGGCUAUCAAAGUUCAGGAGAUCACUUACUAACAACAGAACUUAAAUAUACCAAUGUAUAUACGGUUAAUCAACAGAAAUGUCACGACAGUUUGCGUUCUCAUGGUGGUAUUACAAAUGCAAUGUUUUGUGCUGCUGCCCGUAAUACAGAUGCCUGUCAAGGCGAUAGCGGUGGACCCAUACAAAUGAAUGGCAUACUCGUGGGAGUGGUUUCAUGGGGCGUUGGUUGCGCCGAUCCAUAUUACCCGGGAGUUUACACACGUUUAGCCUAUGCACCAAUACGUUUCUGGAUAAAGUUAUUAACAAAAUUGUAAUAAACAAACAUGUUUGUAAUGUACAUAUAUAGCU